GCGAUUGUGAUAUUGUCCCCAUAUGAUCACUUAGUACCUGUGGUACGUAAAGAGUUAUCACAGUCCGCUGGUCUCGUAUUGGCACACCGAGAUACCAGCAGCUAUAAGAGGAUGCUGUUUACAUCAAUGCUUGACGGAUUACCUUGUCUCACGAGGACGUGGUUGUGACAUUGUCCCCGUAUUAUCGCUUUACGUUUAUGUUAAAUCUUUUUUGUGUUCUGAAAACAUGCUCUAUUUUUAUGUCUUUCAGUUCUUGGAUUACUGUGACAAUAUAAUCAACGGAUAAUACGUGUCCUUAGAUUAAUUGAUUGAGAAAGGGCUGGACUACGUGCAGCUCGCAUACUUCAUCUUCUUGUAUUGGAGCAGCUAUAAAUUCGACAGCACGAUACCCUCGACACCGCCUCAUCAACUUCAAGGACAUCACGCCAGACACAAUGACACUAAUUAAUCCACCAUCAGCACCCCGGAAUGUUGCCUGAAGGAAGACAGAGUCUACUUAGGGAAAAUAACGAGGACAUAAUCCCGUGUUAAUUACCCAUAGCACGAGACAACUACAAAACGAGCCGGUGAUUCGGGGGCUAAUGACCCAGUGCGGAGUCGAUACCUGGCGGGGACAGGCCUGAUGGAGAUGUCUAACGGCUGUCAUUGACCGAUGAGAACUAUAAACCCAUAUAUCGGAUCCAAAAUAGCGGCAUUACACGUAAGAGUUAGUAGUACAAGGGAGUCGUCGUGCCCGUCUACAAAACGAUAGUGGCAAGGAAAGUGUAGCGUGUGGAAGCCAAAGAACAUAUGUGAGUACAAAAGUGACGUACACGCACAACCAACUCAACAUGAGAGUUUCUUCGUAUCUAUUCCGUUUUAAAAUGGAAACUGAAAUUGCAUUUCUCUAGGAUAACGUAUCGACGGUAAAGUUACAACUAUAGAUAGCUAUUGUAUGGAGAUAACGAGACGACCUAGACUUUCUAGAGUGCAUUGGUUCCGACUCCAUAUUUCUUGAGGAAUCAAUAAUUCAAAGCAUCGACGUUUUAUUUGUCAUAGUAGGGCGAAAACAGGAGGUCAAAAUAUAGCUGAAGGAUACAUGAAAUAUAACGUUUGCACAUGCACAGUGUCAGUCUAAUAUGGUGUUCAAUUCACGAGGGAAUUCUUAAUAUCGGAUUAGCUGGUACAGAAUGGGCAAAAUAUGGCCGAAUAUGAAAAUGAUGAUGAUGGGUUCAACCACUCAGUCAAUCCUUGCUCGCCGCACUGGGGACACGACCGUGAGCCAAGCAGACUUGAGUUAUGGUCUUGCUGGUAUGGGAACUACCACGGAUAUGUUGCGAUGAUUGUUUGUUCAUUCGGAGUCUUGGCAAAUAUUCUCAACAUUGUGAUCCUGACUAAAAAGAACAUGCAGACCUCCACGAAUUGCAUCCUCACGGGUUUAGCUGUAUCGGACCUAAUGACGAUGUCCUCGUAUUUGCCGUUCGCAUAUCAUUUUUAUGUGAUGUUUCCAGGCCCUGUAACUAACCCGGAAAAAAAUGAAUUCGGCUGGAUGGCUUUCAUGAUGUUCAAUGCCUUAUUCACAGCCACGACACAUACGAUUUCAAUAUGGAUAGGUGUGGUCCUAGCUAUCUUUAGAUAUAUCUAUAUCCGUCUGGCCACUGAAGGCUACAUCAAGUGUAGCAUGCCAAGAGCGAAAAUUGCCGUCAUCACUGUAUAUCUGUGUUCGAUAAUAAUUUGUAUACCUAACUACUGUUCCUUAACUCUUGUAGAAAUGACUGAUAGGAAUACAAAUAGGACGUUUUACAUGUUGAAAUCCGUCAACAAGACAAACGAAGCCUCUCAUAUGUUGAUGAACAUAAACCUGUGGACCUAUGCAAUUCUUGCGAAAAUAGUCCCAUGUCUUUUAAUGUGCAUUUUUGGUGGGAUACUUCUUUUCACGCUACACCUCGCUAAAAGAAAAGGAGCACUGUUGCAUAAACAUAACAGAGUCAGCGAUUCGUUCCGGAACAGGAUGCGCGAGCACUCACGAACUACCCGGAUGUUGGUGGCAGUCAUUUUGUUAUUUCUAGUGACCGAAUUACCGCAAGGUAUAUUGCUGGUAAUCAGCAUAAAAAAGAGUUCCUUCUUUCUAGAGGUUUAUACGCCCCUCGGUGACUUGAUGGAUGCGGUUGCGCUCAUCAACAAUAGUAUUAACUUUGUUUUGUAUUGUUCAAUGAGUAAGAGUUUUCGUGAUCACUUUAUUGAUAUUAUCUGCUGUUUUUGCCACUACCAUAAAAAACAACCGUAUAUGUUGGGCAAGAGGAGCCGCGCCACCGAGUCAAUGUUAUAGCUACAGACAGUUGAAGGCAUCACAAAAAUCCCACAUCGGGCGCACAAAAAGGUGAACAUCGGCGACAUAGUUUCGCACGAGUCUUUAAAAUCUUGGAUAAAACUAUCGUUUCGUUGACGCCAAAGUGCAUUGUGUAAUCUAAACUGGCAUUUCUUUCAUAAAGGAUUUCAAAAACCGAUUAUGAUCUCGCAGAUACUUCUCUUUGUCUUCUGAAGUGACUUGUUAAAGAUCUCUUAAAUACCUUAAGUUACGCUAAAGUGUUUGAGUGCAUUCCUCCCACUAGCAACACAUAACCGAAGUUGCUUGACAAAGGUUUCCUUGUAGAGAGGUUGCGUGCCUUUCCGACUCCCCCUCACACUUUUAAGCUAAACUCGGGAGUCGCUUUAAAAAAAAAAGUGACGAGGUAAAUCAGGCCGCUCGAGAAUAUUGACUUGAAAUGACGGGACGCUUAUACUAAGUGGGCUUCAAAGCUUUUAAUACAGAGAAGGACGGAAAAGGACGACAUCACUGAUGACGUAAUAUCCGGAAAUUGAGUGACGGCAGAGUGUCAGUUGCACUUGAGCCUGGGCGAUGUAUAGCUUCUCUUAUGAUCCGACAAUCAGGUCUUUCUGCACGUGCUCAUAGGGCAGGUAGAUACGGAGAGUUGUGUCAAACACAAAUCAUCCGGAUAACUCUUCAGAGCGAGAUUCCGUCGCGUUUCAAUUUCCUUUAUUCCACUCACCCUGCGUCUGUAUUUUGAUGAAGGAUUCACAUCGAUAGGACGGGAUAAGAUCGCCAUAACAACAUAUCUUCAUAUAAUACAGUGUGUAUGUGCGGGUACAUCACUGCACUUUGUCAGCUA